ACGUCGCGUUUGAAAACGUUGAAAUAUUUGAUAAUUAAACACGAUAGAAUAAUAUUGUUUUCGAAUUAUAUAGAAGACAUGUUCACUUAUAUAGCCUUGUUACAAUUUUUUUCCAACACCAUGGCCAUAUGUUUCUCAGGAUUCGUCAUAAUGAUCUCUAUGGACACCGACGAGGCCAGUGCAAUAUUAGGAAAAACUGUUCCAUAUUAUGUGAUAAUUAACAUCGAAGCUUUCAUUCUCUGUUAUAUCGGCGAAUACCUCAGUUCAAAGAGUCUAACUAUCGCAGUAGCAGCAUACAAUUUUCAAUGGUACGAAUUGAAUUCUAAAGAGAAUAGAUAUAUUUUGUUGUUGAUACUUCGAGGACAAAAGAAAUUAACCAUCACGGUUGGCAAGUUUUUGGAUUUGUCUCUGGAAAGUUUUGCCAGUAUCCUGAAAGCAUCGGCAUCUUAUGGAUCGGUAUUACACGCGAUGUAUUAAACACCAUAAGAAUUUAA